UCCUUUAAGUGACUGACGUUCAGAGAACGAUAUGCCUGGCUCCUCAAUAUGCCUUGUCCUCAUCUCUCUCCUCUGGCAGCUCACAGGGUCAGCAGCCUCUGGAGCCCUGAAAGAGCUGGUCGGUGCCCUUGGUGGGUCUGUGACUUUUCCCCUAAAUGUCACAGAAAAGCAGGCUGACAGUAUUGUCUGGACCUUUAACAAAACUAGUCUUGUCAGCGUACAGCCAAUGGGAGACGAAAAAGUCAAUGCCAUCGUGACCCAAAGUCGCAAUAAGGAAAGGAUGGAGUUCCUAGGUAAAGGCCACUCCCUGAAGCUCAGCAAACUGAUGAAGAAUGACUCGGGUGUCUACCAUGUGGAGAUAUACGGUUCAUUCUCCCCGUCCCCCAUCACCCAGAACUAUGUGCUGCGUGUCUAUGAGCACCUGUCAGAGCCCAAAGUCACCAUAGGUCUGCAAAGCAGUAAGAAUGGCACCUGCACAACCAACCUGACAUGCUCUAUGGCAACUGGAGGAGAGGAUGUGACUUACAGCUGGAAGGCCCUGGGGCAAGCAGCCAACAAGACCCUUGAUGGCUCCAUCCUCCCUGUCUCCUGGAGACAAGAGGAAGGGGAUAUGACCUUCAUCUGCAUGGCCAGGAACCCCAUCAGCAUCAAGUUCUCGAGCCCCAUCCUUGUCAGGAAGCUCUGUGAAGGUGUCGCAGAUUCCUCCACGAUCUUCCUGUAUAUCCUGCUGGUGUCCAUCCCGCUCAGCCUCCUUGUACUGUGGCUAGUUCUUCUGAUUAUGCGGAGAGGGAGAGGAAAAGAGUGCAUUGAAGAGAAGAAGAAAACAGACAUUCAUCAGGAAACUCCUAACUUCUGUCCCCAUUCUGGAGAGACCACAGACUACGACACAAUCUCUUACAAAGAUGAAACUACUCAAAAGGAAGAUCCACUGAAUACGCUUUAUGCCACUGUGCAGAUACCAAAAAAGAUGGAGGAUCCUCACUCGCUGCCCACCGCACCAGGCACAUCCCAGCUGUUCAGCUAUGAGAAUGUCAUCUAGACAGCAGUCCACUCCCUCGAGUGUUACCUUCAGAAGAAGUCAAAAGACUUCACUGAUUUGACCAGAAAUAUUAAGGAAGAAUGAGGAACACUGACUUCCUUCCAGAAUAAACCAUCCUUUAGACUCCUUCGGAUUUAAGAAUUAAUAAUUCUACCAACCAGUGAGAAAUCUCCUCACACCCAAAAUGUGUGACUAUCCCUGCCUGGAAAUGUGACUAUGGAUGUGCGGACAACCUCAAGAAAAGGGCUUAGAAGCAUCUCCGUAAAAAUGUAAAUUCAGAGUCACAGGGAUAAAUGACAGCCUCUGUCAUAUUAAUGAUGACUCCAGGUCAGGUCCUGGAGUCUGAUUCCAUCCUGGGGCUUGGAGGAAUAUACCCAAGAGUCAGGAAUAUACCCAGGUCUGAAAUAUACCCAACAGUCUGUUUGCCAGGAGGGCAAGAAGACCAGAACAGACAUACAUGUCCAGCAGAAGCAGAUGUAGCUGCCAAAAAUGGAUUUAUUCAUUGACUUAUCAACUAUGUGCCUGGCACUGCCCUGAGCUUACACUGAUCGGUCUGACAUGCUCUCUACACUCUUGACAUGGCUCCUCAUGUACCACUUUCAUGGGCAGUUGCAGCAGGCCUGACCACAGUUUCCCAGAGGGUCAGGUGUGAAUCCAUAGGACUUGAAAAUCAAAGUGCACAAAGGCAGAGGAUCUAAGUAGAAGACCACGUUUGUCAGGCACCAUAGACGGAGACUCAGAAGUGUGUGUGCCACAAUGACAAGGACCUCUGGCCAAGCUUCAUUUACACUUUUGUGCUGCAAGAGAAAUGCCUAGGCCUUAAGUCUUAUGAAGAGGCCUUGUUGAUGGAGAAACCAAGCUUGAAGACACGUUUUAGAUAUAAGAGACUUGGAGUCAGAUAGUGGGUGAUGGGGGGAGUUAUUUGCAAACCUUUAAAGUUUGCUAAUUCAUUACAUAAAUAUUUAUUGAGGCCA